AUGUCUUUCGAUCGAGUUCUCCCCAAGCCCGCUGCUCUGCACUAUGACUCCCCUCAAGUUACUCUUUCCAGGCCGACCAGUAACCUCCUCGAGCACAAGAUCAUGAAUGAUAACGUCUCUAAGGUGUCCAUACUGGACCGCCAUAUGGAUGGAGUUCCGGUGGGGAGUUCAUGUCGAUAUGCAGCCGAUGGAUUGCCUCAAGUCCAUCUCUCUUCCUUGAACCGGGCCAAAAUUGCUCUGAACAAGAUAGCUUCCAAUGCUCCCAUCGAGCCGCCAAAGCCCGCGGCUCCUUUGCCAGCAAAGAGCAUCCCGUUCCGAGAACGGUCCUCUGUAUCAGAACGCUCCUCAUCCUCAAGUCCUGUGAAGUCAGCUGCUUCGAGGGAGUCCGUGACCCAAUUUUGUCUGUGUCAACCGGACCCUAAAAUCCCAAGACCUCGCAAUGCUUUCAUCCUGUAUCGUCAGCACUAUCAAGCGGCGGUGGUCGCGCAGAAUCCCGGUCUUGCUAAUCCCGACAUAUCAAAAAUUAUCGGCGAGCAAUGGAGACGGCUUCCCCAGGAGACGAAGGAUGAAUGGAAAGCUUUGGCAGAGGUAAGCAAAAGACGGCCCUGGUGA